CAGAAAAUGAAAUUCAAGUAUCAAAAGAAACACCAGCCGCUCGACCCAAUUAAACAAGCACUACGACUCUUAGCAUGUGCCCUUGGAAAGGCUUUUCUCUACUUGGGAACUCCGGCCCUUUGCCCGCUCCACCAGACGUGUUCGUUAUCACAGCUCCACUGCCAGUAUCUAGGCGUGUGUCCCUUCUGCAGGCCGUGCACUCUUUCCGUAUCGAGGAUCCCGAAAACAUGCUUGAAUCGGUACUCUUCGUGCUAAGGCAGUUCUAUAAAUUCGUCUGCCCCCUGCAAAUCUUCUAUGAAAUCGAGGAAAUGGAACGGACCGACUGCAGGGAGGAACGGGAAAUCUGGUAUGAAAUUUAAGAUUCGGCGACAUGACAACCAAACAAAUUGAUUAAUGGCUGGCAAUAAAGAGAUCCCUCGUUUUUUUGCUCCGAGUUGCCAGUGGAGAUGAGGCUGCUCAACUCGACUCCGAUUCGCACAUAA